AUGUACUCUCGUAAAAAAUCGUCAAUGAUUUCAGCUACAAACUCAAUGGUGCAAGCUAACAAUAUCAACUAGAAUACUGCACCUGUUACUCAAAGAGGAUCUAAGAUCAAUUCAACUCUUUCAGGAACUCUCGCGUCUCAUAAGUCAUCAGGUUUAUAAUCUCGUGAUGAAAAUAACAUUGGGAACAGAACCACCAAACAUAGGAAGAGAGAUUCAAUUAAUUAGAAUCAAGUCUUAAGAUAAUCUGUUGGCAGUAGUCAACACAAUACUUUUUUACUUGAGUCAAAGGAUAACAUAAAUAUGCAAUCUUUAUUGAUCUACAAAUCAAUUGAUAAUCAAAUAUAGACAAGUAGUUAGGAUCAGUUGAUAAAGCAGCAACUAACCUAGAACUAAAAUCAAUUUCUCACAUUAUCUUAGCAAACUCAAUUUGAGAAUAAACAUCACAACCAUAAUAACUAUCAUUAAAACUAUCAUAGCAACAGCAGCAGUAAUAAUUAGCUUCAAAGUAUCUAGCACCAAAUACUAAAUACUAACCAGAGCAACAAUAUACUGCUUCAACAUAAUUUCUCAUCAAACCAAAUGACACCAAUGGUCCACCAUAUUAAGCCAAUACCUAAUCAAAUGAGAUAGAACUUUUCCUCAACUAUAGUGUUCGAUGCUCGAAGCAGUAAAUCUCAAACUGGACCUGAUUAAUCCAAAUCAAAUAUCAAGAGCUACGAUGAGAGAUUAAAUUUGAUAGAUGAAAAUGACUUGACAUUAAUAGAUUAAGAGAAUGAGGGCUUCUUUAAUAUGGAAUAGCAUAACUUGAUCAAUGAGGAUGAGAAGCUAGAUCUGAUUUAUUCACAGCAAAGAUAGCCGUUCAAAGAUAUUAAAAAUAAAAUGAAUCAUUAAGGAGUACAGUGGUAAUAGAUCCUAUAAAGCCAAGAAAGUCAGCAAAUUUUUAAAGUACCAAACUAUGUAAAUCGCAAGUCUUAAAACAAUGCUACUAAUAACCUAAGAUUGAGAAGGCAGACUCUUGAUGACUACUAUAAAAGUCAUGAAUCAUUGAUGAGAAGCAGCAGAGAUGAAAACAUAAUGAUAAUCUCAAAUUAAAAGAUAUCUGGUGGAGGAACUUAGUCAAAUAAUAUAAUCAGCGAAAGAGAUAAAGAAAGCUCAAGUCAUUAAAGCCAUUUCUAUUUGAAUUAGCAUAAUCAUGAUACAAAUUUAAUGAAAAAAAGUACUCUGAAAACUCCAAAUUCUUUUAAGAUUAAUGAGAUGAAUUCUUAUUCUCAACAGAAACUUGAACUCUAAAUGUUUAUCCAAUCUGAAGUAUAAAAGAUACUACUUUAGUAAAAUUAGCUGAAAAGUGGAGAUGAAAUAAAUUCAACACAGAGAUCUAAAUACAUCGACUAAUAGGAGAAUAUUGAUUCAAAUAAAGUCUAGCUUGUCAAUCAUAUGACUAAAGGAUCUAAUUUUGAGGAAUAUCUUAAACCUUAGCCAUUUAUGUUAUUCGAUUAGUAACCUAAGUCAGUAAAUAAGAGGAAUCAUAAAAGGUAUUAGUCUUUGGCAGAACCAGAUUUAAUGCCGGAGGAUAUGAAGUAAACUAUCCAUUAAAAUAUGCUUGAGCAAUCCUUGAAACAAUGGUAGAACUCUACGAAAUUGAGAUUAUUCAAUUUAGACUAGGAAGGAAAUCAAAUUGUAAAGUAGACGCCAGGUAAAAUAAUUCAGUUUGAUCGUAAUUUCGCCAAUUAUACAAAAAGGGAACUAUAGAAUUAUGUAGAGAUUAUUCAGCAAGAUCUCAUAUAAGUAAGAAGGCAAUUGACAUAAGUUACUUCAGGUGAUUAUCUAUCUAAAGAAGAAUUGGAAAGAUGCCUUAAAGAUAUAAAAAGUUCAUAUAUAAACGAAAUUUAACAAAAGAGCAUUCAAGUAUAGCAAAGAGAUUUGACUCUAUAAAAUCUAAAGAUCUAGUGUCAAGUGAUUAUAAACAAUGCAAACGAAAAUCAUCUAGUGUUUUUGGAUUUUUUCAAACAACUAAAUGAGUUAGAAGUCUAACUAAAGGAAUCGUACUAAAGCGGAGAGAGAAACGCUUCAUUCAAAUUGGAUAGUCUAAUAAAGUCAAACAUGCCCAAAUUAAAGUAACUAGAUUUAACACAGGACAAUGUGAAUUUACUUUUAAAUACUCUAGAUAGUAUAGACCUUAAACGUGAUGAACAUUAGCAUAAUAAUAUAUAUUAAGAACAGGAAGAAUCUCUUGAAGAAUUUGAUGAAGAGUUUCAUUAAUAAAAACUAAAGCAAAUACUGUAGCUAACUACUAAGAAUUCCAAAAAGAUGAAUAACUUUAACAGUGAUAAAUUAAGCCCUAGGAAUCAAUCAUUUAUGAAUAUCAGAUCGCUUAAGCAGUUAGGAAAGCAAACUAUCAAAAAGGAUUAAUGUACUUAGUCAGAAAUAAUAUGUAUUGCGAAUAAAUGCUCAAAAGAAUUAGAUUAAUUCAAAGAGAGUUUAGAAUUAAAGUAUUAAGCAGUAAUUGAGAGCUUAAGGAAAAAAUACUGUACAAUGAAGCUACUUAAUAAAGCAUUUCAAAAAUAAAUUUAAAACAAGGAUAGAAUUUUGAUUAAUAUGAAGCAGUCUCAAAAUACUCAUAAUUCAAUCUCUUAUAUUAAUAGUUUGGAUAAAGCUGAUACAAUAUGUAUAGAUUAAUCCACUGUUGAUUAAAGGAAUUCUAUAUGCAUAUCAAUAGUCUAAGACCAUUAACUGAAACCUCUAGUUGAUAGAAUAAGAGAAUUAGGAUAAUUGACUAUAUCAGAAAGAGAUCACAUUAUAGAGCUGAUUUAUCAGUAUGCAAGGCAAUCAUAACUCAUCAGCUCAGAUACAAAUUCACUUAUCCAUUAUAGAAAAAUGUCUCAUUAACUUUAACAAUUUAUCAAUCAAGCAUAAAUCCUUUGUAAAAAUAUAAAUCCAUACAUACUCAAUAAAAACUACUAGGUUUGUGAUCUUGUUUAGCUAAUAGAUUAAUUUUCUAUCCAGAUUUAGGAUAAAAAUAAUGGAUCGAUAGAUCUUAGGAAAUCUCUUGGUAUUGGCCAAUUAAAAUUAGACAUAGAUUGCUAUUUGACUAACGAAUCUGAGAGAUUGAGCAGCAAGAAUCAGAUUAUGCUUCUUUAAAAUAUUCAAAGCUACGAUGAAAAACAACUCAAAGAAGUGAUUGAAACAUUAGUGUAUGAAAAUCAGGAUUUAAGAGAGUAGAUUUAAGAUUUGAAAGUGAACAAUGAACUAUUACUCUAGAUGAAUACUAACGAGUUCAAAAGCCCUCGCUCUGAUUUCAGUGGAUACAAUAAUUAGCCUUUUUAAUCUACCUCAGCAGAUCAUAUAUCACGAUUAAGAUCCAAGGAUAGAUUAGAGUCUAAACUCAUGAAAUCCAGUCAUAUGAACAAGAACAGCAGCAAGACAUCUCUUAACAGAGGAGGCAUCCUUAAAAAGAGUAUUUUAAAUACCAAAGAAUACUUUACUCUAUUUGAUGAUAAUAUGACCAAAGAUCGAACAAAGAAAAGAGUGGGCAUUGUUUAAAAUAGAGACUUACUUCAGAUAAAUCAUUUAAUGGCAGGCUCUCUUGAAAAUAUUCUCUCAGAGAAUCCUAAACUUAUUCACACUCCUCAUGAAUGA